UUGAUCAUUCCACACUCCACACGCUUAUUAGGCGCAUAUCUACCCCCAUUCCGCUAGCAUUCUCCACAUCCAAUCUAAAAUCCUCGCAAAAAAAUCCCCAAAUUCUCCAAACUCUAGGGUUACGAAAACUUAAUCCAGUCAAAUUCCUCCUUACUCUCCAUCCUAUAAUGGGCGAACCAUGCCCAAUCCUGUAACCACCCCGCGCCCUAGACGAGGACGAGCAGCCCGCGCUCAGCCGCCGCCGAUCGCGGCCGAUCAGCCCGCUCGAAGACCUAGAGGUCGGCCGAGGAAGAACCAGGCUGGAGCUUUGAAUCGAGUGAGGACCAGAGCUGAGGCUGCGAAAGCGAGGGUAAAUUUGGAGGAAGAAGAGGAGGAGGUUGUUGUGAUCGAAGAGGAGGAGAUAAAAAUGGUGAAGGAUAGCGGAGGAGGCUCUAAUAGGAAAGAGGAAGAAGGGACGAAUAGCCCUUUUCCUGACACGGUCCAAGUUGGAGGAUCUCCUCUAUAUAAGGUUGAUAGAAAGUUAGGAAAAGGUGGAUUUGGUCAAGUUUUCGUUGGUCGCCGUGUGUCUGGAGGCAGUGAGCGUGCAACAGGCUCGGGUGCUCUGGAGGUUGCCCUAAAGUUUGAGCAUAGGAACAGUAAAGGCUGUAAUUAUGGUCCUCCAUAUGAAUGGCAAGUUUACAGUGCACUUGGUGGUAGCCAUGGGGUCCCAAGGGUACACUAUAAAGGGCGGCAAGGUGACUAUUAUAUUAUGGUUAUGGAUAUGCUUGGUCCGAGUUUGUGGGAUGCAUGGAAUACUUCAGGUCAAACGAUGACUUUUGAAAUGGUCUCUUGCAUAGCCGUUGAGUCUAUCUCAAUCCUUGAGAAGAUGCAUUCGAAAGGAUAUGUUCAUGGUGAUGUAAAACCUGAGAACUUCUUACUUGGUCAACCGUCAACACCUCAAGAGAAAAAGCUAUAUCUUGUUGACCUAGGACUUGCAACAAAAUGGAAAGAUACUGCGAGUGGCCAGCAUAUUGAAUAUGAUCAACGUCCAGAUGUCUUCAGGGGAACUGUUCGAUAUGCUAGUGUUCAUGCACAUCUUGGACGAACUGCAAGUAGAAGAGAUGAUCUGGAAUCUCUUGCUUAUACUCUCAUAUUUCUUCAUAGGGGAAGGUUGCCUUGGCAGGGAUAUCAGGGUGAAAAUAAAUCAUUUUUAGUCUGCAAGAAAAAAAUGGGGACAUCCCCUGAAGCGCUUUGUUGUUACUGUCCUCAACCUUUUAAGCAAUUCCUUGAGAUUGUCGUUAACAUGAAAUAUGACGAGGAACCCAACUAUUCUAAGUUAAUAUCUCUGUUUGAGGGGCUAAUUGAACCAAAUCCAGCAGUUAGACCUAUCAAUACUGAUGGUGCUCAGAAGAUUAUUUAUCAGGUUGGACAGAAAAGGGGCAGGUUGAAUAUUGAAGAUGAAGAUGAUGGCCAACCGAAGAAGAAGGUUAGGUUAGGUGUUCCGGCUACCCAGUGGAUUUCUGUAUACAAUGCCAGAACACCUAUGAAACAGAGAUAUCACUAUAAUGUGGCUGAUGCACGUUUGGCACAACAUGUUGAGAAAGGAAAUGCUGAUGAUUUGCGUAUAAGCUGUGUUGCAUCAUCCACCAAUCUAUGGGCGCUCAUUAUGGAUGCUGGAACUGGUUUCACCUCACAAGUUUAUGAACUAUCGCCAUUCUUCCUUCACAAGGAAUGGAUUACAGAACAGUGGGAGAAAAACUACUAUAUCAGUGCAAUUGCUGGUGCAGAUAAUGGAAGUUCUCUAGUAGUGAUGUCCAAAGGCACCCAGUUUACACAACAGUCCUACAAAGUUGGUGAUUCUUUCCCUUAUAAAUGGAUAAGCAAAAAAUGGAGAGAAGGAUAUCAUGUCACAUCGAUGGCCACUGCUGGAAGCCGAUGGGCUAUAGUAAUGUCCAGAAAUGCUGGCUUUCGUGAUCAGGUUGUGGAACUAGACUUCUUAUAUCCGAGUGAGGGAAUCCACAGGCGAUGGGAUGGUGGUUAUCGGAUCACAUCAAUGGCUGCUACAGCAGAUCAGGCUGCUUUAAUUCUUAGUGUACCAAAACGUAAAAUUGGAGAUGAGACUCAGGAGACUCUCAGGACCUCAGCAUUCCCAACUCAACAUGUUAAGGACAAAUGGGCAAAGAAUCUCUAUCUUGCUUCAGUGUGCUAUGGUCGCACUGUAUCUUGAUUUUUAAAGAGUUGGGUGAAAGCCGAAGCUGUUUGUUGUAUCGAUUGUGUUUGUUAUUUUGUAUAUCUUUCUUGUAGAGAAAGGCGAAAGAAAGAAAAUAGCUGACGGUACAGGUCAGUGUUGUUUUUAUAUAAUAUAGUGCAAGCUUUAAUACACCGUGAAAGGUUUUUAUUCUGAACUCCUCCAACUUUUAGUAUUUGUAAAUAAACCCAUGUCUGUAGCUUUAUGCUUUCGCUUAAUGUUGGUAAAAUGUUAGCAGAAUUGUUCUAAGAAAACAUUGAGCCUGAAACAGGAUUCUGCUGUUCAGAAUUCGGAAGUUAAGAAGAUGGCGAAAUUUUAGUUGCUUUUUUUUA